ACAAAAAUAAAUAUAUCAAAUAAUAAAUCCAUCAAACACACAAAACCAAAAGAAGAAAAAAAAAAUGGCGACGAACGCAGCAGCAAAUCCCCAGGCGUCGAUGUACCUGCAAGACAUGGACGAGGUACGAAAGGUAUUCCAGCGGUUCGACACCAACGGCGACGGCAAGAUCUCCUCCGACGAGCUCGGCGGCGUACUCAACGCCCUCGGAUCCGGCACCUCCGCCGACGAGGUCGCCCGUAUGAUGGAGGAGAUCGACACCGACAAGGACGGACACAUCAACCUCCAGGAGUUCGCCGCCUUCUGCAGCGGCGACUCCGACCCCUACAACUCCGCCGAGAAGGAGCUCAGGGAGGCCUUCCAGCUCUACGAUCAGGACCACAACGGCAAGAUCUCCGCCGCCGAGCUCCACCAGAUCCUCACGCGCCUCGGGGAGCACUGCUCCGAGCAGGACUGCGCCGGGAUGAUCAGGACCGUCGAUUCCGAUGGUGAUGGUUUCGUCUCCUUCGACGAGUUCCGGAAGAUGAUGACCAAAACUGACGGCACCGCUAACGGCGGCAAUGCUAAUUGAAACGGUGACGUUUUUAGCGGCGGUUACGUUUUUAUUUUUAUUAGGCGGUUUUUAAUCAUUUAUGAUUCGUAAAUUAGGAUUAUGUGAUUUACUUCAGCAGAUUUUAUUGAACUUGCUCAAAUCUUUAUGCUUAUGAAAAUAUAAAAUUGAUCUCUAA